UUUGCUUUCUCUUCGAAAAACUUUUUUUAAAAAGAGGUUUAAAAAAGAAAGCGAACGGACCGAAACUUGCUCUGUCUCCCUCUCUCUCAUCAUUGGCACACCUGCACUGAUGUCUCUCCCGACGCCUACUGAUCCAUCAUCAGUGCUCUUCACAUGGAAGAUUGAAAAUUUUUCUAAGCUGAAGGCUGAGAAACUCUACUCACCAAUCUUCUACUGCGGUGGAUUCAAAUGGCGGCUAAAUGCAUAUCCGAAGGGUUUGUCGGUGUAUUUAGAUAUUCCCGAUUCGGCGAAGUUGCCCCCCGGGUGGAGUAGAUACGCCCGUUUCAGCAUAUCUUUGAUCAAUCAAAUUCAUACCCGAGCUACAAAACGCAUAGACACAGAACAUAAGUUCAAUGCAGGAGAAAGUAGUUGGGGUUUCCCUUCUUUCUUGCCUCUUGUAAAACUGAAUGAUCCGGAGGAAGGUUUUCUGGUGAAUGAUACUAUCGUACUUGAAGCCAGUAUAACCAUCCCCAAUUCUCAUGACUCAAAAAAGGAGACUGGUUUUGAACCAGAAAAGAAAAAAAUAAAACAGGAGACUGGUGACAAUGGCUCAGGAAAUGUAGAAGCUGACAUUACUGGGGCUUCUCCUUCUCCUCAAAGUAUGAUCCAAUCAAUUUUGGGUUCCCAAAUAUCCUUUGCAGGCAAAGUCAGGUUUUUGUCAUACUGGGUUUCUUCAGAGGCACUCCUGUUACUUGAAAAGAUACACAGCCUUCACGAGGGUACUUUUCUUGAAUUCUUGAUGAAAGGUCAGGCUCUGCCAACUAUGAUACUUGAGUCGUUUGCUGCAUUUGUUGCAUCGAUGUCAUCCACUAAGGUGAAUGAAUUGAAUGAGGAAGUGUUGCGACUAGCUGCCAAUUCGAUAGACGACUUUGAGCAAGUAGGGUUGGACUUGAGGUGGCUGAAGCAGAGGCUAGAGGAAGCAAAGGUGGUGAAAAAGCACUCGGAGUCGGUCAACACUGUUGAGUCUUGUACAAGUGCUUUGGAAGUGGCUCGAGCCACAGUUGAGUCUUGUACAAGUGCUUUGGAGGUGGCUCGAGCCAAGGUUCGGGAGCUCGAAGAAGGGCUUGCCAAAGCCAAGGCAGAACGAGAGGUGAUGUCCAGGGAACUGCCCAAAUCACUGGGAGAGAAUGAUGCUGUACUUAAGGAUAUCGUAUAGAUAGCAGUCUGAAGGAUCUUCAGUAUUUCAACAUGAAUAUGGUGAGUUAUGGAGAGAAGAGGACCGAAGAAAUCGAAUGUAAAAAUCUGUAGUCUAUUAAUAGUAAGGUGAAUCUGUUUAUAUCAACAGACAUGAUGACAUUACUCUGGAAAUCGGAACUUAUGUUAUUAUGGUGUCUUCAUCCAAUUGAAACGUUCAGCCGAUUGUGGGUUGAGUGCGAA